GCCUGGCAAAGUAUGGUCUUUUUAUUUGGUGCAUGUGGCAACGCUGUGAACAGCUGUGCAUGGUGGCGCAGGACAAUAAGGCGGAGAGAGUGAGAGCGAGAGAGAGCGCGCCUGGCAAAGAAAAGUGCGUGACAGAGCGUUGAAAGUUUUCAGCAGUGCGAACGUAAGGCGGAAACAGCGCUGCAGCAUUUUAUUUAUAAAAAAUCGACAAAAAACAAAUUCAGUUCACCGAAAAUUAUAAUUCAUUUGUAUUGCACAAAUCUAAACGCUGUUGGCAUUUAAAAAUACGCCCUCUAAUUGGAGAACCGUUACACGAACACUUAACCUCAAAAGCAGCGUCGCACAAUUCGCAUUAAAAAUUCAAGAGCAACAUUUUUCACAGCCUUCGUAGCAGAAAACAGCAGCAGCAAGUAAAAAGCGCAAAUAGAUGAUGAAUGUCGCCUGAUUAACCAAAACAAUUCGAGAAGAUUGCACUUGCCCACGCACUGCUUGAUGACAUCCAAGCAACUUUUGAUCUUCAUUUUGCUGCUGAUACCAUGGCCACCGUCGAACGUUAUCAAGAUACUCUGCUCGCGAGAUAACAGUCGCCUGGUGCGCAAGAUUGUGCGCUCCAAGUGGACGCCCAUACUGGACAAGCAUCAGGUGAAGCUGCCCUUGGAGUGUCCGCUGCAUCCUUUGAGGGAUGUCUUUGCACCGCGACAGGAUGAGAAGCAGCGGGAUCGACCCACGCAAUGGACAUGCAGACGCUGUGGCAAAAGCUUCUACCAGGAGAAGUAUCUGGAUCUGCACUUUGACACACGGCACAAGUCCAUCAUCAAUGAGGCUGAAGACUCCGUUUGCUUGGCCGACUUUUGUGACAUCAUGCGUUGCGAAGUGUUCGAAACGGAGGACGCUUCCAGCCUCAAGUUUGGCGAUCAGCACAUCGUCACCGAUAUCGAAGUCUGGGGUGACUCUCUGGGUCAGAACUCCGCACUGGCCAAAGCGAAUGCCGCCUACUUGAGUUUAAUACCAAGAACUUCCACAUUGAGUGCCACGCGUGCCGCCAAAGUACAAAAUCGUCAAUUACUCCAAGAGAAGCCAAGCCAAAGCCGCGAGCAAUCGCAGCAGUCUGAGGCAGCAGCAACAGCGGCAACAGCUGCUGGCGAGGAGCCCAAGUCGGCGGCCGAGAAGCUGCUGAUGAAGCUCAAGGAGCUGGGUCAAGCGCACUUAAAGCGCACUGAGCCAGAGUCCAAGUCGAAGGCGGAGCCGAAGCAGAACAAGACAGAUGAGGAGGGCGAGGAACACAGCGGCGAUGCCGAGGGCAGCGGGCAACCGAAUGCUGCGACCAAGACGCCGCAUGGCGAAGGAGCAGAAGCAGCUAAUGGCCAGGCUAAGGUGCGUGCCAACUGUAAGCCCGAGGAGCUGAGCAAGCUAAAGUCACGCUGUGAAUUGCUGCUGAGAGGCUGCAUUGGCGGAUUGCUGCUGUCGAUGUCGGAUCAGUCGUUCAAGGAGAUGGAGGAGGAGAUGAACAAGGCGGUCUGCUGGUACCUCACCUGUGAUCGGUACUGGGAGGAUGGCCCAUUGGAACCACGUGCCUUUCCCUGGGGUCUCAUUGUCAUCCUGAUAUUUGUGCUGUCGACGGGAAUUUGCUUCUGCUACUACAUCAUUUGGAUACUGUUCGACUCCGAAGAAACGACAAUCAAUGCCAACAGCCACUAUGCAGGCGCCGCAGUCGGAGGCAGCAUUUACAUGCCUGCCCCCCAUCAUCACUACCAUGUCGACUAUGCGACACAUCAUCCGCACGAGUUGCAGCAGCAGCAUCAGCAGCUGGACGGCGUCGCGAUACCUGGUCGGACUGUCGCGGACCAACAGCAGCAGCAACAACAGCUGUAUUACCCGCAACAACAGCAGCAGCAGGUGGCGGCGGCAGCGGUAUCAGCGCGAGAUUUGUACCCAGAACCAGUGCAAUAUCAUCGACACAGUCCGCGACACUACAUCGCCGAUCAGCGUCCAGCGGGGGCAGCGUCGCUGGGCAGCCAGGGUACGCCCACCUCGUCGGCAGGCGUCCGGCAAGUGGGAGCGUCCUCCUCCAACGCCAACACGCCAUUGCAUCAUCGUCACUCGACGAGCCUGGUUUACCCACAGGACAUUUUAGACCGACGCGACUAUACAAAUAGCUCCAGCCGCCCCAUAGCCACAAGUGUGGUUAACAAUGCAAGCGCUGCUGCUGCUGCAGCUGGUGAGCCGCCGCGUCAUUACAACACACAUCCUCGACCGCUGGAGACGCGUCAUCGACAUGUGGGCGCCUCGCAGCAAUCGUUGCGCACUUCUUCCUCCACGCACGAGAUUGUGCAAAGCGAGAUUGGUGGUGGGCAGAACGAGCACUACAUAUACGUGACGUAUCCGCCGGAUCUGAAGAAGCGCUACUUUGACAAGUACGAGUAGCCUAGACACGAGACACGGGAGCAACCAAAGAACGACCUCUACUAAGAGAGAGAGAGAGAGCGUAAAGGAAACGAAACCAAAUACUAAAACGAUAGUUGGACGAGAACCUUACCCCCAGUUGGUUUUUUACUUUAGCCUGCAAAUACUAGAUUUGUGAACUGUGCUGUUUUUUGAAAUCUACAAAAAAAUCGAUUAAAAUGCAAUACAUAUUUCUGUAUAUAAGUAAAAUGA